AUGAGCAACAAGCAAAUUUCGAGCCAGGGCGAUUCUGGGUCCGCCCCAACUGACCCAUCCGUAGAUCUCGUGCUCAUCUUCCAAUGCGCACCUCCAGAAGCUCUCAAAGCGGGCGCAAAGCCAGACGAAGCGGCCAAUGCAGAGAUCAGCAAAGAGUACAGUCGCUUGAUUCUAGCUCUCAAAGAUGCUGGGCUCUACCACACCAGUAGAGCUGGAAAGGAAAAGGGAACCGUGCUGGUCUUUGUCAGGGCGCACGCGCACGCUUUGGUCGCCGCGCGAAGGGCAGAGAGGUGAGCCUGAGAAGAGUGUUCUUUGUACCUGUACAGCGCCUUUGAUCGAAUGGCUUAUGGUGCAUUGCGCUCUCUCGCAUUCGCCUCUCACAGAAUGAACGAAUUCCUGCACGGCGCUGGUGCGCCUCCAGGAGCCGAGACCAGCACUGCGGCGUUCUCUGCUGCGGAAAGGUGAGCAGACUGCAUUCAAAGUCCUCGGCUUUCUUCUUGUGCAUGCAUUCUGACCGACUGAGGAUGCUUGACUCUUCACUCCGCUACAUAGGAUUCGAUACGCGCACAGUCUGCUGACUCUACCUUCGAGAUCCUCUUCGGGGACGCAAGACGGUACAGUCGUGCCUGGAGCAGGUCUGAGCAUCAAGUCCAAAGAAUGGCCCCAUCUGCUGGACAUUGCUGCACUGCAUGAUACCGCGUACAACAAGGCAUGGAUUGAGCGCUGGGGCAAGCUGGGCAGCAUGCUCAGCAUCAAGGAUGCGGAGUGAGUACUGUAAGGUCUCCCACGGCGUCGGUCUGACCGCCGUCUGACCGCGCCGUACCUUUCGCACAGCCUGGACACACUUCGCGAUCACUUCGGAGAGCAGGUCGCCCUCUACUUUGGCUUUCUGGCCUUCUACUUUAGCUCUCUCCUCGUCUUGGCUCCGAUCGCGCUCUUCUUCUGGUCGAACGCCGGUCCCUUUUCAGCAAGCUAUUCCGUCUUACUCGUCCUAUGGGUGCUUGGCUUUACAGAGUCCUGGCGUAUGCGCGAGAAGAAGCUCUCUGUCCGAUGGGGGACAUAUGGUACAGACGUGAUUGCCCAGCGUCGCAAAGAUUUCAAACCAGAGACUACGAGAGUGGACAAAGCUACAGGCGAGAAAGAGGAGGUCUUUGAGUGGUGGAGAAGAGAGUCUAGAAUGGCAGUCAGCAUACCGGUCAUGCUUUUCUUUGCUGCCCUACUCGGUGCUGUGUUGACAACCAUGUUCGCGGUGGAGGUCUUUGCUACCAAACUCUACGAUGGUGUCGGCGCAGCACUCGUCCCUCAGCUCCCCACAGCUCUAUUUGUGGUGGCUGUGCCACAGAUCAUGGGGGCUUGGCAAGCUACUGCCAGCGCUCUCACCUCGUGGGAGGUGAGUUGUGGCUCCGAAUGUUGUUACUGACAACCCUCUGCUUACUCCAUGCCGCUCCUCAAAUAGAAUCACCGCAGCGCACAGAACCAUGAAAGCUCCCUUACCAUCAAGACUUUUGCUCUUCAAGGCUUUGUUUCCUACGGCGCCCUCACACUGUCGGCCCUGGUCUACAUACCAUUCGGUCAAUCCAUCAUGAACGAGCUGUGAGUGCCACCGAUCCCGCGACGCCGUUAAGAGGGCGUCUCUGAAAUGCCCAUGCCCCCCCCCGCUCCUCCUCAGCGUAUCGCGCGGUUUCUUUGCUCAACCCAUUGCACGAGCACUCAGGCGAGGCACGCUAUUCCGCAAUGAGCGAGGAGAAGUGGCUUUCGACAUUAACCCAGCUCGUAUGCACAACCAGCUCUUUGCAGUGCUCACCACAACUCAAGCUAUCGGCGCCUUCACUGAGCUGGCCUUGCCCUUCAUCCUGCGAAAGGUCAACGAGUAUAGGGAACAGCGGGCAGAGGCUAGUAGCGGAACCAAAUCGCCGAAAACGCCAGAGACCCGUUUCCUGCACCGCGCGACCACCGAGCUGGCAUUGCCAACAUACGAGACCUUUGGGGACUACGCAGAAAUGGCUACUCAGCUUGGCUACGUGGUGCUUUGGUCCACGCUGUGGCCACUGGCACCCAUCAUGGCUCUUGUCAACAACUUUUUCGAGCUUCGAUCUGAUGCACUCAAGGUCACGCUCAACUCUCGAAGGCCCAUUCCUCAGCGCACCACCACUAUUGGUCCGUGGUUGGACGUGCUGAGCUUUAUUGCUUGGCUGGCGGCAAUGACCAACACCGCCUUGGUCUACCUCUUUGCCCAAUCGCCGGAAGCUCAAUUGGAAGGCCAUUCGGCGUACGAGACUGUUAUGCGCAGUCAUCACGUGGGGCCCACUUCCAGUGGCAUCACGCCAUCGGGCGAAAAGAUUGACGCGUCUGCUUCGCUGCCGUUCUGCUCCCUGUUGCCCAAGUUUCUGCCUUGCUCGAGCGCAGUCUCGGCGCUCGCCACUGCCCUCUUGCUCUCCCUGGUCGCCGAACGAGCGUACAGUGUUGUGAGAUCUGCAGCUCAACACCUGCUGGAGCGAGCGCUCUGGAGAGGAUCCGAAGAGGAGACUGUAUUGCGCAGGAGGGAGUGGCAAUCUAGACAGUUAGCCGUCCAGCAACACGUCUCGUCUGGUAACUCUACUGGUGCUGCUGGCCCGCUUGACAUUCCUGCGAGAGACGCUAGCAUCAUUAGCGCCCAGGAAGCGCUGCCUGAUGCUGCUUUUUGGGACCCUACCGGCGACGUUGGCCUCUCCGUGAUACAACAAGCCGCUGGCAAGCGCGAGUAA